CAUUAAGACGCUUUUUCAGAGAUUCUGCCACUUUAACAGAAUGAGUAAGGCUGCUCAGACACUUAUCUACUUCUCAAGGUUUGUGGUGAACGAUCAGGUGUUUUUCAGGUCCAAGUAUUCAUACGCACUUGUCAAUCUGAAACCUAUCGUCGCAGGCCAUGUUCUAGUGGUUCCCCUGCGAGUCGUUGAAAGGUUAAAAGACCUGACCGACGAAGAGAGCAUUGACUAUAUACGUACGAUUCAGACGGUACACAAGUUCAUAGAGAAGAUCUAUAAGGCAGAUUCGUUGAACAUUGCCAUUCAAGAUGGCCCGGAAGCUGGGCAGAGCAUUCCUCAUUUACAUACGCAUAUCAUUCCAAGGCAUAGAGCCAAUAACAUGGGCGAUGAAGUCUAUGAGCGGAUGGACUCCUCCGAGUACGACGUUGAGGAUGGACUGAAGCAGUUCUACCAGCGCAAGAAUCUAAAGAGGCUGGAUAAAUAUGUCGUGAAGCCGGAUGAUGAAAGGUACGAAAGAACUACACAGGAUAUGCACAAUGAAGCCAAAUGGCUAGCACAAGAGUUUGAAAAGUACUCUAAAGGACAGUAGCGUAUGCAUAUAUACCGCCAUCCUCUUAUUUAUUGUUAUAUACAUCAGUGACUUUCCCCUUUCAAGCGGAAGUCAUAUCACAUUACAUCAACAUACAUCGAGUGCUCUUGUUCUAGC